AUGUCAAAAGACAGCGAGUAGCAAAACCCUAGUUAUAUCCAUCCCUUACUCUAUAUAUAUAUAAAGUAGCAGAGGGUUAAAAUUUCACUGAAAGGCAACAUUAGUAUUGAGGCCGCCAAUUCCCGUUAGAUCUCUGAGCUAUUACAGGUAAGAAGAAUGUCGCAUCGUAAGUUUGAGCACCCAAGACAUGGUUCCUUGGGAUUUCUUCCAAGGAAAAGAGCUGCACGACACAGGGGCAAAGUGAAGGCUUUUCCCAGAGAUGAUCCAACAAAACCUUGCAGGUUGACAGCUUUCCUUGGAUAUAAAGCUGGCAUGACUCAUAUUGUCAGAGAAGUUGAAAAACCAGGGUCAAAGCUCCACAAGAAAGAAACUUGCGAAGCUGUUACCAUAAUUGAAACUCCUCCUAUGGUUGUUGUUGGUGUUGUUGGAUAUGUGAAAACACCACGUGGCCUUCGCUGCCUGAGCACUGUCUGGGCUCAACAUCUCAGUGAAGAAAUUAAAAGGAGAUUCUACAAGAACUGGUGCAUGUCCAAGAAGAAGGCCUUCGCAAAGUACUCAAAGAAGUAUGAAACUGAUGAUGGUAAGAAAGAUAUUAAUGCUCAGUUGGAGAAGAUGAAGAAAUAUUGUUGUGUCAUUCGUGUUCUGGCCCAUACUCAGAUUAGGAAAAUGAAAGGUCUCAAGCAAAAGAAGGCACAUCUGAUGGAGAUUCAGGUUAAUGGUGGGGAUGUUGCUCAGAAGGUUGAUUAUGCUUAUGGCUUUUUCGAGAAGGAGAUUCCUAUUGAUGCUAUUUUCCAGAAGGACGAGAUGAUUGAUAUCAUUGGUGUGACUAAAGGUAAGGGGUAUGAGGGCGUGGUGACUCGUUGGGGUGUGACCCGUCUUCCACGUAAGACUCAUCGUGGGCUUAGAAAGGUGGCUUGUAUUGGUGCUUGGCAUCCAGCUAGGGUGUCAUUCACUGUCGCCAGGGCUGGGCAGAAUGGUUAUCACCAUCGCACUGAGUUGAACAAGAAAGUCUACAGGCUGGGCAAGGCUGGCCAGGAGUCUCAUUCUGCCACAACUGAGUUUGACAGGACUGAGAAGGAGAUCACCCCAAUGGGUGGAUUCGCUCACUAUGGUGUUGUGAAAGAAGACUUUUUGUUGAUUAAGGGCUGCUGUGUUGGACCAAAGAAGCGCGUUGUGACUUUGAGACAAUCAUUGUUGAAUCAGACAUCUAGGGUUGCAUUGGAGGAGAUCAAGCUCAAGUUCAUUGAUACAUCCUCCAAGUUUGGCCAUGGACGCUUCCAGACUACACAGGAGAAGGCAAAAUUCUAUGGACGUCUUAAAGCUUAAGAAUUCGUCAAGACCAUAUGGGCACUUCUUUUUUGACAGAGAUAGACUUCUUUUAUGAGAUGCUGUGCUGCUUGAUUUGUGUUUUAUUUAAGCUCAUACUGUGGCAAUUUUGUCGGAUUAAAUUUGAAGUUGGUUAUUUUAAUAAGCUAUUUUGGAUA